UAGCCCAACAUCGCAUAGAAAAAGGAAGCGCGGAGGAUGCUCCGUCGCUGUAAAGCUCGUAUGCUGUUAAGUAAGGCGACGGGGUUAGUGCCGCCGAUUGCUUACCCGAGCACGCCAGUAUCGUCCAAAGUUGCUCACUCCUUCCUCCCACCUCACUCCAUUAGCGUGCGUAAUAUCGCAGCCAUGAGCGAGCACACACUUGAUCCCCGCGUUCUCGAUGCCUUGUUUCAACAGAAGCGUUCUCUCAGAUCCAGAUUAAGGAAACAGCUCAAGAACAUGGAUCCUAUUCAGAGAUCUCAAGAAGAUAAUGCAAUUCAGAAUAUUGUUCUGGAAGCUCCAUGGUUCAGAGCUAGUGAGAGCAUGUGCGCAUAUAUAAGUUGUGCUUCUUUGAGGGAGGUUGAUACAUCUAGAAUUGUGUCAGAGGUAUUGUCAGAUCCCAAAGAUUGUGAUGCUCAGACCAAGAGAAAGCUUUAUGUUCCACGAGUGGAGGACAGAAACAGCAACAUGAGAAUGCUCAAAAUAUCAAGUCUUGAAGAUCUCAUUGCAAACUCCAUGAACAUUUUGGAGCCAGCUUUGGUAGAUUUCCAAGGGAAUCAACGCGAAGAUGUAAUGCAGGCAGAAGAUCCAGUUGACUUGAUCAUCGUACCAGGUCUUGCAUUUGACAAAUCUGGAAGGCGUUUGGGCCGUGGUGGGGGUUACUAUGAUAUGUUCCUGAAGAAAUACCAAGAGCUGGCGACGCAGCAGAAAUGGAAGCAGCCUCUGCUUGUUGCAGUAUCAUAUUCUCUUCAGAUCUUGGAGGAAGAAGCCAUACCAGUUACUCCCUCUGAUGUACCUGUGGAUGCUCUUGUAUCCCCAGCUGGUUUCAUGCCCAUCAGCCCCGCAGCACUGGAGUGGAAUCGCUGAAUGACUCCAUCUCUGUUUCCACCAUUCAUUAAAGGUUUCUCAUUUCUUAAAAUGGAUGCUGGCUUUAUCGAAAUAUAGUGCCGAAAGUAUUGUUACUUGUCUGUUGUAUCUUUGGAUUAGUGUGGGAUGAUUGGAAAUCCAUUUUAAUAACCAGGUUUUCAAUUGGA